AAUAAUGCGGUCGGGGUUCAGAUUCAUGUACGCCUCCUCUCUCAGCCGCCAUGCUCAAUCCCACAAUAACCUUGUCAUGUUUAAUCUUCACCUUGCAUCUCCUGCCAAUUCAAUCCCAGACCACGAACUGCACCCCUUUCCAAUGUGGCCGGAUAACCUUCCCCUUCCCCUUCUCCGAUCAAAGCACUUUCGGCAAAACCUCCAUCGACUGCGGCUUCCCCGGCUACCAAAUCACAUGUGCCGAUCCCGACUCUCCCCGAGCAGACUCAGUCCCCAAGCUCAUGCUCUCCGGCCAAUUAUAUCAAGUCAAAGAUAUCUUCCUCAACGCCUCCGAUCAAGGCAGCGGCAAUCUCAUCACCUUGGUCAAUGACGAUCUCAUCCGGGACUUGAACGGCGGUUCAUGCCAGUCUUUACGCAACCUCACGAUCCCGGUCUCCGCUUUCCCUUCUAAUCACUCUCUCGGUCUCCCUCUGUGGACUACCAACUUAACGUUCUUCAAAUGCCCGUCCCCCCCCUCGCCGCGCCGCCUGCUCGGGAUUUUCUGGACCGGAUCGCGUUCAACUACACCUGCGACGGAGACGGCGAGCAGUACCGGUUUUAUCUAUGGAGAAAUGAUAGUAGAAGUCAAAGGGGUGAAACAGUACGAAGCUUAAACAAUUUCACAACUCCGAGCGGUUGCGAUCUGGUUAUGGUGCCGGUAUCCUACGCCGAUGCAAAUAAUGUUACUGCUGGUGACGGUGUUAUAGAGCUGAGUCAGCUCACUAAAGCGUUGGCUGCCGGAUUUUCAUUGCAAUGGAAUAGUUCGGAGCAUUGCCAGAAUUGCAAUAGGAGAAAUGAGCAGUGUGGAUUUGUCGACGGCGCAAGCGUCGUUUGCCUUUGCGACGGUGGCUGCAUCACCUCCACCAAGCCAAGAUUGUCACAAUUGCAUAAGAUUCUUAUAGGUGUUGCCUGCGGAAUCUUGUCAAUUAUUGUAAUUGCAGCCCUACUCGUUUAUAAGAACAGAGCAUCACUGAUAUGUUUGAAGAUUCAAGCCACUUCAGACGGAACAAAUGCCAAAGAAUUCAUUAAAACUUAUCGAUCAAAUCUGUUGAGCAACUAUUCCUACCACGACAUCAGGAAGAUCACCAAUGGAUUCAAGGAUAAACUCGGUGCAGGCGGAUACAGCGACGUCUACAGAGGAAAAUUAUUCGACGGUCGCGUCGUCGCCGUAAAGUUGUUGAAGUCCAGCGACAUUAUUAGAGACGAUUUCGUUAUGGAAGUUGCCACCAUUGGUAGGAUACACCAUUUUAAUGUUAUUAAUUUGUUCGGUUUCUGUUGGGAUGGAUCGAAACGAGCUCUCGUCUAUGAGUACAUGCCUAACGGGUCGUUAGCGGAUUUACUCUCGAAAGAGGAAGUAAAAAAUUCACUCGGAGUUGAGAAGCUUAUGGAAAUCGCGAUUGGCGUUGCGGAAGGGAUUGAGUACUUGCACAAUGGUUGCGAGUCGAGGAUCUUGCAUCUUGACAUAAAGCCUCAAAAUGUUUUACUCGAUCAGAGUUUGAACCCCAAAAUUUCGGAUUUCGGAUUAGCCAAAGUAUACUCUCGAGACCGUAGCGAUGUCACAAUGACGACCGCGAGAGGGACUAUUGGCUACAUUGCUCCCGAGAUAUUCAUGAAAAAAUGUUGGAAAUCCUUCUCAUAAAUCUGAUGUUUAUAGCUACGGGAUGCUGCUCCUGGAUAUGGUAGCCGGGAAGCGGGGGUUCGAACAAAUAACCAGCUGCGCUACGGGUUCUUCCGGCGAUGAAGCUUACUUCCCCGAAUGGAUAUACGAGAAGCUCGUGGAAGAGAAGGAUAUUGUGGCAGAAGCUGAUUUAAUAGCAAGGAAGAUGACAAUGGUGGGAUUAUGGUGCAUCCAAAUAAAUCAGAAAGAUAGACCCUCGAUGAAACGAGUCGUCGGAAUGUUGAACGGACGAACGGAAGACAUCGAGAUGCCUCGUAAGCCCUUAUUUAUGUUCUCUCUUCCUCGCCAACAAAUUUUUGAGAGCCAAAUCAAUUCAUUAGGCAGUGAUUCCAGUGUCAUAGCUUUGGC